AUGGUGAAAAAACAAAAGAAAGUGAGUGAAGACAAAUUGGAAUCCUCUUUACAAAAGAUAAUUCAAGAUAGAUAUUAUAAACAGAGCAAUUGGCUGGAGAUUUUACCAUUGAUAAUAACAAAACUUCAACAGUAUGAAUCCUACGAAGAAAUUAAACCCCAGGUCAUUAAACUAGUCGAUCAUUUGAAUAAUUAUUUCCACGAAAGCCCUCCUUUUACCAUUUUGAGAUUGAGUGAACUAUUAAUAGACCCAACUAAACAAGGUUAUAAAUUAGAUAAUGAGAGGAACAUCAAGAAAUAUAUCAAUUCGUUAUCCAGUGUCAUAGUGGUAUCGUCCACAGUUAAAGAUUUUCCCGAUCCAGAACCUAAGACUGAUGUUAAAGAGCCCUAUGAAGAUAUUCCAUUAAUCAAAAUUCCAUGGUUAGAAGAAGCCAAAGCCAAAGAGAAGGCUAAAAAGCUCAAGCAGACAAAGGGAGAUUCAACUCCCGAUAAAAGAUUAUCUGAUAGUGAAGAACCACCACAUAAACGAAACAAACCUGAUGAUUCCAUAGACUCUUCUAUUGAUUCAUCUCCAGUUAGAGGAGAUUCCGAUAUGGAAACAAGCGAUAUCAAUGGAUCGGAAUCACCUAAUCAAGAAUAA